AUGGAUCUCGAGGCAUUCUCCACCACGAGAUUCCAGGAUUCCGAAAAUGCCUCCCCCAGAUCUAUGCCACCUGUUCCCAAGCGGAAAUUCACGCCUCUCCGUGGCAAUCCCCGGAAGAAAAGCCGUGGAACUGCAUCAGCCGAUGAGAUUACUGCGAUUUCACUUACUGAUGUCCCCAUCCAUGUUGAGUCUGUGUCUCCGUCUCCAUCUCCUUUAACUGAGCUUCUUGAGACUCCAUCCGGUGGUACAGCGUCCGACCGCAAGCUUUCUUUUUCGAAUUCUGACUCGACUGAGAAUCUCAUGUUUGUGAAAGACGACUCCGAAGAAGUUCUGUCUGCCAAUGAAGAUGAAAGUUCUAGCUCCUGCGACGAUGAGCCACUUCCCGAUGCCCCAAUCUAUGACGAGGGACUUCAGCGCGGGCUGCGUGAUGUGAUAAAUCACCUCACCCGACUUAUGGAGACUAUACGGAUUUCAGAACUUAUGUUGGCACCGAUAUCUGAUCUGAGUGAGCUCUUGCCAGAAAUGGAAAAGUUGGGCAGGUUCCAGUACCCCCAAACUCGCACAGUGGGAUUUAUUGGAACUUCCGGUGAAGGAAAAAGUUCCGUCAUAAAUUCGCUUCUGGAUAAAGACAAUCUUUCGCGUGCAAGUGGAGCUGGAACUGCGUGCACUUCAGUGGUCACUGAGUUCCGGUACAUUGAUGAUAGUCAUCCCGGCCCCUACACCAUUGAGGCGCUCUUUAUGAACUCUGAGGAGAUCACAGAGCUUCUUGAAGAGCUUUUACGGAGCUACCGGGUGUAUCGCUGUGAAUCUUCUUUUAGGGACCUGACAUCAGCCGAAGAGCGCGAAAAGUUGAGAGAUACAGCCAUCAGCGCCGAGGAAACUUUGCAAUCUCUAUUCAACAAUCAGCCAGGAUGGAAUUUGGAAUUCCUUCAAGAUGAGACUGAGGGAGCAGAGAAGGUCAUUCUUGUAAAGCUGAAGAAAUGGGCUGAGAUCGCAGUAUCUCUGAGGCCCGGUGAUCACGACUCUCUGGUUUAUACCACGGUCGCGAAGAAUCUUGACCGGUGCAAGGAAAGAAUUGACGAUCUGGUGGCCGACACUCGAGAAGAUGGUGAACCUGCCUUAUGGCCCUUUAUCAGGCUGAUUAGGGUCUAUCUCAAAUCUCAAAUUUUGCGCACUGGGUUGGUUGUGACAGAUUUGCCCGGCUUUAGAGACUUGAACUAUGCAAGGGUUCGCGCAACCGACAAGUACUUAUCACACAAUUGCGAUGAAGUUUUCAUCGUCUCGAGCAUUGGCCGAUGCUGCUCCGACCUGUCAAUUCCUGAUAUUAUGCGACGAUGUGAAAACAAGCCAAGGCAUAUUGUUUGCACCCGAUCCGAUGCCAUCUUUCCCCAAGAAGAGGCUCGCGGUAGAACUGCGUAUGCUGCGAAGAUGUGCAGAAUCAAUAAAAAAUUAAAAGAUCUGAGCGCCCAAUUGAGGAAUGCCUCCAAAUCUGCUGGGGCAAGGCAUAACGCUGGUGAAUUACGGCUUAGGGUUGAGGACGUCAAAUUUAAUCGGACGCAAUUCAUGAUUGAGACACGCAAUGACCGCGUCAAACAUACACUGAAAGAAAGUCAUGCUGGGAUUGGAGUGUUCUGUGUCAGCAAUACACUCUAUACUAAGCACCGUAAUGGCGACUACCGCCAAUUCAAGGAAUUCGUGUCUCUCAGUGGGAUUCGCGAACUGCGUACGCAUUGUCAAAUGAUCCCAGCAACUGCACAGCUACACAUGACAAUGGCAUAUCUCAACCAUCAAGUCCCAGCACUUCUGGGAUCUCUUCUACUGGCACAGAUUGAGACCAUUAUUCGAAGGGAUAUCCUCGCGCCGUACGGUUGUAUUGAACACACCAAACGCGAAUUAAUUGACCUAUUCGAGGCGGAUAUCCUGAAACUCAUUGGAGAAUCCGAAGUUGCCUGGACAGAAAAUUGUCUCAAAGUGAGCGGAGAAUGGUCGGUUUUUAAUCAUGCGACAUAUACCGCAUUUUGUCGGCGCAAUGGAGAUUUCAAAAGCUCAUCAUCGUCUGUGGGACCCCGUGUCUGGAACGAAGAGCUCAUCCAGCACCCCCAAGCACAAUUGAGCCCACACUGGGAAACGAUAUACGAAUGGCUGGAAUCCCAAACAUCAUACCUCACUGGCACAAUCUCCCUUUUAUUCGAGCAAAUCUGCGCUAUAAUUCGACUUUAUGAGAUACAUGCUCCCCAGUCCCUGGGGAACCUUCUCACCUGCAUGAAAAAUAGACAGCAGAACGUCAACCACAAGAUCGAACCUAACAAGCGCUACCUAGGACCGCGGCACUGGCUCCGACAAAAGCGGAAAAAUGCCAUGUAUGAGCACUUGAAGAACCCGAAUCUUUUUUCCAAGUACUCCAAUCUCACCGAAGCGGUCUAUACUGAAGCCGUGGAUGAGAAUUUUGAUGCCCUGGAGGCUAAUAUACGUGAGCAAGUGAACAAAAUUGGAAAAGACUUGAAGAAUGUCUUUGGAAGGAAAGUAAAUCUUGAAGGCGAACUACCGUUAGCUGACACGAUUAAGGCGGAACUUGACAUCGCGGACAAACUUUUGGAAAGGGCGCACUUGGAUUUGGCAUCGGCUACGCGUAAACAGCUCGCUUGA